AUGGUACACGACGAGGAAGAUGACCAGGAGGAAAGACUCAUCAACGAGGAGUACAAGACGUGGAAGAAGAACAGCCCGUUUCUAUACGACAUGAUUCUUGGGACUGCCCUGACUUGGCCCACGCUUACCGUUCAGUGGUUCCCUGACGUCAAGGAACCCGAGGGCAAAAACUAUCGCAUGCACCGUCUUUUGCUCGGAACACACACUUCUGACGACAGUGCCAACUUCCUUCAAAUUGCCGAUGUCCAGAUACCCAAAGCUGUGGCGCCGAAUCCCAACGACUACGACGAGGAACGAGGCGAGAUUGGAGGCUAUGGAAAGGCAGGCGAUGUUGCCGCCCUCAAGUGCGACAUCGUACAGAGGAUUGAGCACCCUGGGGAAGUCAACAAGGCCCGUUAUCAGCCUCAAAACCCGGACAUUAUUGCUACUCUUUGCGUCGACGGCAAAAUCCUCAUCUUCGACCGAACGAAGCAUCCUCUGCAGCCAGCGAGUCUGGGCAAGGUGAAUGCACAGAUUGAGCUCAUCGGUCACAAAGCGGAAGGUUUCGGCCUCAACUGGAACCCCCACGAGGAGGGUUGCCUGGUAUCUGGUAGCGAGGAUAAGACCAUGUGCCUGUGGGAUCUGAAAACUCUCGAAGCAGACUCGAGGAUAUUGCGGCCUGCUCGCAGGUACACUCACCACACUCAGAUUGUCAACGAUGUUCAGUAUCAUCCCAUCUCAAAGAACUUCAUCGGCUCCGUAUCAGACGACCAGACUUUGCAAAUCGUAGACUUGCGACACAGUGAGACGAACAAGGCUGCUGUUGUUGCAAAGCGAGGCCACUUGGAUGCCAUCAAUGCGCUGGCUUUCAACCCCAAGUCCGAAGUCCUCGUUGCCACAGCUUCCGCUGAUAAGACGAUCGGAAUCUGGGAUCUCCGAAAUGUGAAGGAGAAGGUGCACACCCUCGAGGGUCACAAUGAUGCGGUUACCUCCCUUGCCUGGCAUCCUACUGAAGCUGGUAUCUUGGGAAGUGGCAGCUAUGAUCGAAGAAUCAUUUUCUGGGAUCUAUCCCGCGUCGGCGAGGAACAGCUGCCUGAUGACCAGGAUGAUGGCCCACCUGAGCUGCUGUUUAUGCAUGGCGGCCAUACGAACCAUCUCGCUGACUUUAGCUGGAAUCCCAAUGAACCUUGGUUAGUUGCCAGCGCCGCGGAAGACAAUCUGCUACAGAUCUGGAAAGUUGCAGAAUCCAUUGUUGGAAAGGACGACGGCGACCUGCCGGUUGAUGAGCUUGACCGAUAG